GAAUAUAAAUUUUAUUUAAGCAUCCUGAACAGCGUUUUUUUUUAUAUCGUUGGAAGCCUGCGAUGUGUGACGAGGCGACGAAGCGAGAAAAGUCCCCGACAAAAGGCUCAACAAACCGGUCUGCGGUUGAACAAGGAACUCGUGACUACCCUACUUUGUGUUGCUCAUUGCAUGCAAUGUGUAUCGUUUGGAUCUGAGCAGCGUAUGUUCUUUGGUAUUACAUUUCAUGUGUGCAUUGGGCUCCAUUGAGCUGGUAAUAGUAAAAUCUUCUGUUGAUACUCGCCGAUAGAACCUUCGAUUUGCAGGGGUUGGAAAUCAACACACAACUUCCAGUUUGCAUUAUUUUGCGAUAUUUCCGUUUGUUUACACUGUUAGCAGUUAGUUACAUGCGCGAUCGGUCAAGAUUUUUCACAACGCCGAUGACAAACUGACGGCUUGUCGAACCUCGGCGCUGCAGCGCGAUGAAUUUUCCAGAGUAAUGAGUGGGAAAUGCCGAUUGACUUGACCGAAAAGUAUGGCUAAACAAUGACUUUAUCGUUCGACCAGGUGGAACAGUGGCUUGACGAUCAUCCACAGCAAGCUGAGGAAUACUUUGUGCGUAAGGCUACCGCGCGAAUGGUUCAACUGUGGAAUGAGGCAAGAAGCGACUGCUCUGACGUUUUCUGCUCGGAUGCAAUCGAGAAUUGCAGUGCUCGGAGAGGAAAGAAUUUUCGCUUCAACGACACAGUGGACAUAAUCAAUUCGAACGAGGAAGAGGAAGCUGUAAACGAAGCGGGAGAUACAAAAUCUUUUAGUAACCCAACAUCACCUAUCACUCGGAGGUAUUCCGAACCGCAGCGCCAGGGGAAUCAAAAACGACACUGGAUUCUAGGUUACGGAGAAACACAGGGAUUAAGCGGUAAAUCAGUAUCAUCAAGUUUUGUCGACUCUCUGGACUUAAGUACCUAUGAAAUCCGAGAGGAAAGAACGAGACGAGUGAGGAGUCCCCCUUCACGUCAGCUCCGCAAAACCAAAUCGUUGCCGAAUUGUGGACAACAGCAUGUUCUGGGGGCAUUAAUUGAGUCCAAAAUUCGCCUGCCCUCUUCUGUAGGCCUAAAUGCUGAAUCAAAACUGGAUUUAAAGAACAGCAAUGAAAAGCAGUUUUUCUUCGAGAUAGUGCGGGACAUAGCCAAUGAUUUAGACCUGACAACACUGAGUUAUAAAAUUCUAGUCAAUGUUGGGAUUCUGACGAAUGCUGAUCGCUGCUCAUUGUUUCUUGUGGAGGGGCCGAAAGGUAAACAGUCACUCGUUUCAAAGGUUUUCGAUGUGCAAGUUGGAUCCACGAGUUCAACAGCGAAAGACUUUAUUAACCAGCAGAGAGAAAUUACUGUUCCGUGGGGAAAGGGUCUUGUUGGUUAUGCUGCAGAGACCGGAGAAACAGUUAACAUCCCCGAUGCCUAUGCGGUUUGUAACGUUUUAGUAUAAAUAAAUCAUUAGGGUUUUUAGGCGUAUGUAAACCUUCAUUCGCUCUCUUAAGUCGCCGGCGCCUUGGCUUAACGUACCUUGCAAAAGGGGCUCUCUUGCACAUUGCAUAUAAAAAGGCGACACCAUAAUUAUCGGACCGUGAUCGUUCGAAUUUUGAUGAGUCGUUCGAUUCUGAUAGCGCGCGCUGUUAAUUUGAGCGCUUUGGAUUCAAGCGAUCAGCUUUGUACUUUUAGCAGAUCACAACAUUCUAUUCCGUUUCCACUUAGUUUGAUGGCUUCGAAUCGUGUAAGGUAGCGUGGGUUGCAAAAACCACUGUUCUGUUUGCAGAAAUUAAAUUGGGUCACAUACCCGGAUCAAACCAAACUUAAACGGGAUGGCUAUUUUUGUUCGUAUUAUUAAUUCACAUCCAUUUUAUUUGUAUUUUACCAACCGAAGCGCAUUUUAAAGAAACGUAAACGAGAUCUUAACUGUUAUCUGGUAUCGAAAAAUUUCCUGCCUCUAGAUAAAAUAUUGUAGGAAAUUUUUACCUUUAAUUGUAUUUACGAAAAGUAAGAAAUUGGUCAAAGUUAUAAUGUGGCUUUAAUUCGAAACGACACGGCUAAAGGCAAGCUCACGGCUGAAGUAUCAUUAUGAAUUCACGGCUUUAAAUUUGCAUUUUUAGCAUUUGUGUUCAUAAUCUUGGAGAAAAUCAUCUUUUUAAUAUCGGCACGAACACUUUAAAAAUCUUUUUGGUUAUCAGAUCGCCUUUAAAUGCGAUAAAAUGUUAUCACGACGUCUUCUCUCGUCUCAGUCUGGCUACUGCUCGAGUGUGUGGGUGGCUUAUUAAGCUAUAAAGCCGAAAUUAUACACAGCCGAGUUAACUUGACCUACCAAAUUCGUGUUUGUCGCGCUUCAACGACUUUGAUUAAUGUGUCUCUCGCUGUGACCUAUUUUUUGUCCAUUCCUUUUAACCUUCAUCGACCUGUUCCGGCCCUUCAAAAAGCCGCGAAAAUGUUAGCUUUCUCCUGCGAUGCAUUCGUAAAAUCGCAAUGUUUAAACUCUCGACGCUUGUAUGUUUAUUGUCGCUUACAAAUCAUGGCGUAUAUUGUUUUUGUCGUUUUAAAAUUAUUGCGAACCGGGAAGAUUAGGAAAGCGUGAAUUUGUUGUUGUUGAAUCCUGUUACUGUACGACCAACAUUGGCGUGUAUAUUUCAGCGGUAUUUUGACGGAUUUCCUUUUUAAACUCUUGUUUUUAAUCUGAUUGUCACCCAAGUACUUUGUUGACAAGCGAGAUAUAGCUAGAGCUGCUUAUUUUGUUUGACAUUUUUAGUGCAAGAUGCACAAUUACUCUGUUUGCUGUGUAUUUGCAGAAACUUUCAAAAUUAUCCUUUUUUAGCAGAUAAAAAUAUUUUUUGACCAUUACGAGCUUAGUUCUAAAUUUGAAGGUCAUUCUUUAAAUUAAAGUCUCUAUUAUUAUUGGCACUUUUUAAUGGAUAUUUUGUUACCUCAAAAAUAUAUGCAUGAUGAAAACUCACAUUGACAGCAGUUUUUCUUGUACCUUUUUAAACGUUACUGACACCAAAAACUGCUCUGUAUGUAGAUGCAUUAUCACAGGGGUGUUUACAUGGUCAUUUUCAAGGGCACACCCUUUCAUGACAAUAUUGCCUUUGAUAUGUGCAAUUUUUUUUAAAACCCUGGUUGUUGGUCUGGAUGAGGUUUGAACCCACGACCUCCUGCUUGGCAGACUGGUGCACUCCCAACUGAGCUAACCUGGGCUGCAGUUAAUGAGUGAUCAAUAAUUAAAUAAAUAAUAAUAAUAACAAUAAUAAUAAUAAUAAUAAUAAUAAUAUUAUUAUUAUUAUGAGCAGUAAAUUCUGCAUUUUUGGACUCUAUAAGUAAUGGAACUUCGAAACCUAUUUUUGGAUUCAGAAUCCAAAUUUAGAUUUUCCUAAAAAAGCCCAAGCUAACUCUAAGAUUCUGUCUGUCAUUUUGUUCAUUAAUAUAGGACCCUCGCUUCAACAAAGAGGUUGAUCUUCAGACUGGCUAUCAUACAAAGAGCUUAUUAUGUAAACCAGUGAAGAACAAUGAAGGAGAGGUGAGAACAAGUGAAGUAUGUCAGUUUAUUCUUGGGGAGUUUUAAAAAAAAUUCAAUCUUCUGGCCCCGUGCCGGAACAUACUUUUGUCGCAUGAAUCAUGUGGCGAAAGUUAUCACUUGAGAGAAACAUGUCAGUGGCUAAUUUAGCAGACCUUCACUUUGUCUUAUAGCUUGGGAAAUCAACUGGGUUGAAUUCGUAAAGAUCUUUUGAAGAAAGUGACAAACAAAGUUAUUGUCAUUCAUUUGUAGCCCACUUAUAUUGCUUCAAGGAUGUUUCAACUAUCUUGGAUACAAGAUCAGUGUUAAAUAUGAAAUCUAAUAAUACCAUACCAUAUAAAGAGGCCCUGUUAGGGUAAAAUUCCGACAACUGACAUGACCUUGAAACAGCGAGAGAAGACUAGAUGAAAUGGCGACAUACAACAAAUUCAUAUCAGGGACAUAUGUGCCUCAGCUCCGCCUCUAUAUAAGUUCUAAAAACCCAUACCAUAAAUCCCUCUCCCUCCCCUCCCUAAGUGCUAAACAGAGAGUAGGGGCAUAUUUAGUCUCACUUGGUUUAGCUGAGAGACUCUAAAAAUGCAACCGUUUCUUUCUUUGUUCGUGUUUGUGUGGGUACCAAAUGGGCAUCAUGGUCUCAGGCGUUCCCAGCAGAGUCCGUGGAACCUGGCGAUAAAUGUGGCGGCGUGACAAGAGCCAUGCAUAGAAAGAUUAGGAAAUAUUAAUGCGAAAUAUGUCGAGCUUUUCAGGAAUGGGUCGGUUCACGAUUUUGGCAAUGGUUGAAAUGUCGCGCCAUGUUGAUCACACAUUUUGAUGUAAUUUCUCUUGAAUUGAGGCCCUAAAUGAUUUUCGUGUAUUUACCCACGUGUACUUACAAAUCGUUGAAUACAAUAUUAAAAGUAAAUAUCUUAAAGAAUACUUGACCGUCAAUAAAGGAAGGAGUCUCAUGGUAAACAAACUGGGAUACAAGAAUUACUCUGGGGCAAGAGCUCAUCAUCAUCAUCAGAUCAAUCGACUGAAUAGCAGUCGACUGUUAGUCAUCUCCAACUGGCUCGGUCUAGGGUAUUGUAGUACAUGUUGUCAUCCUCUGAGAAAUGCUUGUUGGGGUCGAUCCAUUCCUGUAUUGUAAUUGGUUGGAAAAGGACUUCCGCAGUCUCCCUUGGGGUCCUCUCCUAUAUAUGGGAGGGCUCAUACAACGAACCAAGGAAAUUCCAUUUUCAAUCAUGUGCAGCUCUUUCUUUGUCUUGUCCCAUUAUGCUUCUCGCAUCCCAGCUUGGCAUUUUUGUAUCACAUGACUUACCAGCUCCAAAUAAAAGGGCCCUUGGGAGGACUUAUUAGAAAGAAGGCGGGGAGGGGGUGGGGUGACUGCUUAUUAGACGAUUUGUUGUAACUUUUCAGCUACAAAUAAAAAGGGUCCUUAGGAGGACGUAUCAGACAGGGGGUGGGGAGGGGGUUGUGGUCAGGGUUUUAUAGAGGAUUUGCUCUAAGGCGCGUAACUUUGACAUUUUGAAUACGCAGGUUGUUGGGGUUGCCCAGAUAAUAAAUAAGAUGCCUGGUCCAGUACCCUUCACUGAAGAAGAUGAGGAGGUAAUCUCAGCUUAAGCUUGAUUACAUGAGAAGUUGUUUGAAUUAUUUCAUGGUUAACUCGGAUGACCUGGUGAUCACUCGUAUUGAUCCACGUGAACAGUUAAAUGUGGGUGAAUGUAAUUUAGGCUAAGUUACACACUAAUCAAACGCUGGGCAGCAGUUUUUCCCAGGGUUGGUGUGCGGGGUGACCGGGUGUUGUAUUCAUUGCAGUUGCAUGUUUACAGCCGAGCUCGCCCUUCCCUCUUGGCAUGUCAGUUACGUGGUAAGUAAUUAGUUUUCACUGUUUUUUCAGUGUGAGGGCGCCCAGUGGUUGCCGCUGGUUGGUUGCCAUGGAUACGCUAUGCAUUCGGCUCACUUUGUCUAGUGGCUCCACCUUCGUUUGCGAGGCACCAUUCCCCAAGCUCAUCUAUUGCUGAUCGGUUUAAAUGACAGUUCAUGUAAUAGUUAUGAAUACUGUUAAUUUUCAAAUGGUCUUCCUCCUUAGGUUUGUGAAAUGUACCUGACGUUCUGUGGGAUAGGUAUUACCAAUGCCAAACUAUUUGAACUCUCAGCAAUUGAAUUUAAUAGGAACAGAGUAAGUACUUAUAAUGGAACAGAACUUUUCUUCACCUUUUUCACUCCUCAAAGUGACCAAAGGAAAAAUCCUUGGAAUUCCUAAAAAAUAAGCACUACUGAGUGUGCAAAAUUCUACAAAAGAGGUUUCAUUUAAUUUCAUCCACAGCUUUUAAAGGUGCAGCAUAAAAAUUUUCCUACUGACACUUUCUCCAGUGAGUGAAAGGGCGUCACAGGGAAGGAUGUGGAGUUUAGAACUCUUCAGACUCUUAAUUAAAAGCCUAAAAUUUUUCUGGAUUAAUUUUUUCCAAACUUACCCUAGAUAACUGUUUAAGAAGUUGUUUUCUUUGAAACAGGCAUUGCUGGAGCUUGUCCAUGACAUCUUUGAAGAGCAGACUUCACUUGAUAAAGUGGUACAUAAGAUCAUGAGAAGAGCUUUAUCAAUGCUGAAGUGUGAGAGGUGUUCUGUUCUCCUGUUAAUGCAUCCAGUUCUUGGCAACAGUUUAGCAGAAGAAACAGCUCAAGUAAGACUCUUCCUUCCGCUACAGUACACCAAACCAAGUUCCAAUGUUCAUUUUUUAAUUAGAUGCUCAAUUUGACAUCUUUUACAGUCCUGUCAAAAUCUUUGUGUAGCAAACUGCCGUUUAGCACUUGCCAGUAGUCAAGUCAGCUCGUACCUAGAAUCCUUGUCUCUUAGAGGCCUCUUAGUGAAGUUCAGUUUGGAGUAAACUACUCAAAUAAUUGACUGAGUUCUGCUAAUAUAAUUUUUAUUGUUUAUAGGACUUAAGAAUAACAAAAGUGUUCAACCUUCGUGUUUCAGGAAGUAGGAAUACCAAUAGUACAAUGUAAGUCUUGAUGAUUAUAUUGUAGACGGAAACAAUUGCUGGUUUUCCUAACAAGUCUGGAUCUUUCCUAAAGUAAAGUAUGGAGACAGGAAAUGUAGUGGCUCAAGCCUCAUUUCAACAGGGGGGUGUGUAAUUAUUAAAUUUGUUCGAAACCUGGGGUUUUAAUAAUUUUUAAAUCUUUACUAUUUUAAGAGGGUGGGUUUUUUCGGUUUCCCUUUGUACUGAGAAAGGGUGGGGUAGGCGAAUCCACUCCCUAGGGGGUCCCCUGUUGACAUUAUGAACCAACCAUUUUCUAAGUUUUGGUUUAGUGGGACUAAACUGUGUUAACCAAGGCGUAACUUAGCUAGCAAUAAACCUGCCUUAUCUGCCAGUUUUUGGAUAGUCACAUAAUUUUGUAAGACAUCUUGGGACUCUCCUCUUUUUCUUUCAGUUACAGUGAGGGAAGAGAUGAUGGCUCUUUCUGUACAAGGGUAGCAAAGCUAGUUGCUUCAAGUGGCAAGGUAAAGAGACAUUUUUGCACAGGGCUUAAUGGCUGGAUAAAUGAGCAGGGAAAUGUAUUUUAUUGUAGAUGGUCAGGGGUGUAGCCAGCCCAUAGACCUGUAGACCUGGGCCCACAAAUUUUUGGUUCGAUCACUCUAGUAUACCACUUGUAAUAUUAUAAAUCAUGUGUUGUUGGGGUGAGCUAAAAAGCUUAAGAGCUGAAGUGUUGGUGAGGUCAGUGUGUAUUGGUCAUGGGUGCAAUUUUCAGGAUGUGUGGAAAUGAAAGUCAGCCAGGUCCACAAUAGUCGAAAAGAUGGCUAUGCCCCCGAUGGAAUAAACCUGAAAGAUAAUAAGGCAUGUUUCUCUAGAAGAAACACUCUGAGAAAAUCAGAUCUUCAGGGACUUUCGAGAAAUGGGCCUGAGAAACUUAAACUGUGCACUUGUUUAUUUGUAAAUCUCAGCUAUGUUGUUGUUUGCCAUAAAUUUCUAUAUCCCUUGUUUUUUUGUAGACAGUCAAUGUUCCUGAUGCUGCGCUUGAUCCAAGGUUAAAAGGAAUUGUAAGUUAUCAUCUCGUUCUUGUGUGACAUGCUAUGGUGCUACCUUUCGCCCCAUAUAAAGGGAUCUAAGGCAGUCUUGGAUUCUGGAUUCCACACAAUGGAUUCCGGAUUCUAGGUACUGGAUUCCAGUCUUUGUCAGUCUUGUCAGUGAAUCCAAUCCAGAUUCCCUUUAUUUUGUUAGCUCCUGGGAUUUGGACGUUUUCCUUGGCUGUAUUCUAAAGGAUUCCAAAGAGCCCUUCUGACCCAGAUGCAAAAUAUCGGAUGCCACAUAGUGCCAAAUUUUCCUUUGUAUUGGGCAUUUAGAUUCAUUUUGGUGGGAAGAGUUUUUAGGAAAGCUUUUAGGAUCAGGCAAAUAUUUGGAACAAGAUUUUCAUGGAGAUUUUCAGGUCCUUGUAUUCUUUCUCCGGUGUCCUUGACUGAAUUCUGGUAUGGUUUGAAAGAUUCCCUUUGGGUCCUUGACCGUUAAAACUGAUGAUACAUCUACUGCAUUAAUUUAUUGUUGUAAAUGGGAUCGAGUAUCAGUCUUUUUGGUGAAUCAGUCCUAUCCAUUGCCUGUUUUGCAGCUUGCAAUAAGUGCUGACAAUGGAGUUGAUGCCCAUCGGCCGAUUUUGUGUAUGCCAAUUAGGAACAACAAGUUUGAAAUUAUCGGUGAGUAGAGUACUUUCAAUUUUUUUUCCACAAGUUGCAUGUUCUUAGUAAAUAAUGUAUACAAUAAUUCGUCUUCCGGAAUGUGAGGAUAGUAGUCUGCAAGGCUUAAAAUACCUGCAUAAAUUGUGUGAGUAAAACGCACCAGAGAUUCUGAUUCUCAAGUCUUAAAUGCCAGGAAUCUCUUUACUUAACUUAGGGAUGGGUUGGGAAGAGGGCAUUGCGGAAAACUCUUUGAUAAAUGAGAUAAUCUUACUUAUUAAACUGUUCAUUUAAUAAUUAAAUGUUUAUUUAGUGUGUAAUUAACAUUGCGUUAUGUUAAACUAUUUCAGGAGUUGCUCAGUUGAUUAGCAAAUUAAACAACAAACCGUUUGAUGAGAGUGACGAGACAUUAUUUGAGGUACAGCUUACAUAUUUAUGCUACAAUGUAGUACAAACCCUUUCAGCAUAGCAUGUUAGCACAGUAUGACCGAGAAGUGCAACAAUCUUCACAGCUUUUUUUCGUUCACAAGACGACAAAAAAAAUUGGAGAGGUGUGGAAGCAGAGAGAAAGGAAAGAAAGUUUCUUCCAUCCCUAACCUCCCAAUUUAUGUCCAGUUUUAUGGGGGCAGUCACAAUGCGUUGUGUUGUGAGGUCAUCGAGGUUUCAGACAAAGAAAGUUAUUAUUCCUCAAGAACUUGACAACUUUGCUUGGCGUUUCAGGCUAUCACUAGUUGAAUUGUUCGUAAAAAAAACUUUCCAACUUAUCUCUGUAGGCAUUUGCCAUUUUUUGCGGCCUUGGAAUUCACAACACCAUGAUCUAUGAUCAAAUGGCGAAAGCAAAAGCCAAGCAACAAGUAGCAAUAGAGGUGAGCUGAAGAGCGAUCGCGCUAGGGCUUCUGGUGUUAGAGUUAAGGUUAACGUAUUUACUGUUUGGGCAUUGCUGCCUUCUCGUACUAUCUCAUUGACAAUUCCCUGACAUGUCUGAUUAUUAUAAAGAUACACGCAACAUUUUACAGAUAUGAUUUGGCAUGUUUGAAAUUUAUUUUUCAUAGACUGGCAAAACCUGAGACAGGCUUUAUAGCAAGCGUUUUCGUGCAUGCCAGUGCAAAAUUGAGAGUGAGGACACCUUCAUCCCCCCUCUAGCCCCGCCCUAUCCAAAAAAACGAAAUAUAAAAAAAAAUCCUCCCUCCCCCCUCUCGAGUUUUUGCUACCGCCCUAACUAUAGACGUAGAAAACAAACUGCAACGCUUCUGUUGUUUUCUUAAAAGCUGUUCCAAAUCGCUUAACGCAAAUUCUCGUAACAGUUCUAAAUUGAACGCUUUGUUAUAUAUUUUACUAACUAUUUGCCUCGUGUUUUCAAGGUAUUGUCAUACCAUGCUGCCGCUAAGAGAGGCGAAAUUGACAGACUCAAGGUAGGUUUGGCGAUCAGUAAAGGAGAGCAUGUUCUUUGUCUUCGCCUAGAACCAAAAUAUGUCGAACUUUUUGUAUCGCAUAACCAUUUUAAUCUGGAAUACACUGAUGAUAGUGUUUCUUUCUUUUUUUUUUAAAUACCUAAAAGCAACUUAGUAACACCGUGCCAAGUAGCUUUCGUCCAAGAGCCUGACUUUAUGAGCGAUGUUUUGGUGAUUUCGAGAACUUUUAAACACUGAACCGAUUAUUAAAUUGAAUGAAAUGUUAAAAUAAUGUUCUGGGCUGAGUUGCUCAAAGCAUGGUUAGCUUUAACCAUUGGUUAAGCAGUAUCAAAACCAAUACUUUGUCAUGGUAUUAAACGCUGGUUAACGCUAACCAUGCUUCGAGCAACUGGGCCCUGGAGUUGUAGAACAGUAUAACUGGACAUUCAAGAUUAGAUGGCGGUAUUAAAUGAAUAGAUACACUACUUUCAUUGUAAGCGGCUGUGUAGUCAUGCUUGUAGGGGCGGUGUUAAUCCUCAGUUAUCUAAGUAUACAUGGUAACUAAUGAGUUACCUGCUGAUUUCCUUUGCAGAAUACUCCAGUACCCAUGGCUUCAGAACUCAAACUUGACAGUUUCCAGUUUAAUGACUUUUCCCUUGAACCUAACGAGAUGCUGCAAGCUUCACUUAGGAUGUUUAUCGAUUGUGGAUUCAUUGAUGAAUUUCACAUAGACUACGAGGUAAACACACGACGGAACAAUUUAGGUUUCUGGGAAACUGCCCACCUACCCCUUCCUUUAAGCCAACAUUAACACUAACUUCUCACUUAGGGCAAAAUGUUGAUUUUGGGGGGUGGUAUGUGGGCAGUUUCCCAGAAACCUGAAUUAAUCCCACACGACAACGGAUUUGUUCGUUUCUUCCUUAACUUGGGUGCGGUCCCCAUAGACCUAUUUGGCUAACUCAAUGAUGUACCCAAUUCAAAUCUCCCGGAGUUAAGAUUCUUUGUGCAGUGUAUUUGCAUUAGAACGUGGCAUUCACAUUUAAAUGAUAUGGAAAUUCCAAAAAGAAAACGUUUUAUUCCUAAAGGGUUUGAAUUGGGUACAACAUUUAGUUAGCCGAAUAGGUCUAUGAAUUCAACUUCAGGAAAAUUCAUCUAGAUUGAAUUUUGAGCGAGUUUGAAUAAUCGUAACAAGGUUUAAAAAACGCGAAUUGAUUUUAUUUGUGACGUUUUCGCUGCUGUCGAAUUCUUGUGUUCGAUGCCUGAAAACUGAAACGGACUCACGUUAACAUACGAGGCCAAAUUUAGCGCAAUACCCAUCUUAAUUUUUCUCAUUUUAGGUUCUCUGUAGAUGGCUGUUAACUGUACGCAAAAAUUAUAGAAAUGUUAUCUAUCACAACUGGAGACACGCCUUCAAUGUGGCUCAGUCAAUGUUUUGCAUGCUCAAGGUAUGUAGUUAACCCUUUAAGAGUGACCAAAAUCAAUUUUUUCCUAACGAUGUCAAUACAAAUCAUUUCCAUAUCAAAGGCUGAGCACUUAACGUCGUUUUGAUACAGAAGCCUGGGGGAACUCGGAAAUAGCCUAUUAGCGAAAACUGUGGCAUUAAACAACUUGUAAUGGCUCUCAAAAAAUACUGUAAGGCAGGGUUUAAACGAGAGGAGAGUUUUCCGGAUUCUGAAACAUUUCUGGAAUUUUUUUGCAUUCAGGGUACUCGGAUAUGAAGGCUUUAAAAAAAAUUUGAAUUUUGAUUUCGGAUUAGCGCACCUGCGUACAGAUGGCUAAACGAAUCCGACACCAAAAUGUUUCAGAUUAGUUAUGGAUGCGGAAAUAUCUCCUGUAAUGAAAACCUAGCUUAAAUCUUACCUGGGUUUAACUUUUCCAAUCUCCUCUGUAAAACAAUAAACGCAUGGAGGUUGUGCUGUGGAUGGUACAAGGUCAGAGAUUAGAAAAACACGAGCCACGAGGCCCACAUUGUAGGAUGAGUUUUUUCCCGUUUUCUGGAGAAUGAAGCAGCAAAUAGUAGUUGUAUUGCUACUACCACUGGAUAAGAUAACCGUUCAACCACUCGUCGUAAAACUGGCAAUAAAAGAGUAGGGUCUAGAGCGAAAUUGCGAGCUACACCUCGUUUGAGUCAAUGUUAAACUGCGGCGUUUGGUUGUAAAUGCCCCGAUUAUGCAAAGUUUUGAAGAACUGGAUGCAUGGCACGUGCAGCUCGUGCGGAAAUAAAAAUAAAGCACGCACGUGCUGCUCGUGUGCCUCAACAAGGUAAAAAAAUGGUGAUGCAGAGUACUUUUAAAGACUAUUGCCACGUGUUCGGUGAAUCUGGUAUACGAAUCCGCAACUUUUUGAAUCCGCUCUCCAGAGUGGAAAUGUAUGUUUUGAAUACGCUAUUAAUCCGGGAUCGUGUGGUCGCCAACUCCUGAUAUUUUUUUAAUCCGGUGACGUAACAAGAUCAAGCCCAGUUCUUCACCGUGAAAGGCAGAGCAAGAUGCAAAUUUCGCGUGCUUUACGACGCAUGCUCUGUUGCCAAUAUUUCCAGAGGAGUCCUGGGUACUAGAAUGAAUCCGUAUACGUGUCGGAUACGUGUGGACGGGUAAAUUCGAUUUGAAGACUGAUACGUGUGUGGACGUGAAAAUUUUUGAAUCUGGAAAGAAGAAGUUGCGGAUUCAAAAAUAUCCGGAUAUACGUAUGGACGGGGCCUAUACCUGAUACCGUCCACCCCAAAAUUGGAAGAUCAUAGCUUAAGGGAGGGCAUAUGUGAGUUGUUAUUUUGUGUAAUAAGAACCGUGAAAGCAUUGCAUCUUUUCAGAAGCUGUUGGCCGUCAUCUGGGGGCCAUAUUUGGUUAUUGGCUACCAUGCUUAUUUAUAUGGAUUCUUAAUAUUGUUGCGAUCGUUGCUUUGACAGUGAUUCUAACAAGUGGGCUGGAAACGUUUUACUUUUUCACAGACUGGAGGCAUGAACAAGUAUAUGAGCAACCUUGAAUGUCUUGGUUUGAUUGUCGGCUGUUUGUGUCAUGACUUGGACCAUAGAGGAACAAACAAUGCUUUUCAGACCAAGUACGUCAUUAUUUCAGUAAAGCCAACAUCGACUCGUAACGCUUACCAAUUUACAAAUAGACAAACGUGAUGGGCUCUUCUAACAACUGUUUUGAACCUUUUUAGGCAGGCGUGGCAUUAGGGGAAAAAAGAGCGACUUCUACCCGCGAGAGCCGCGUGCCCCUCCACUUUGCGCACUGUUAAUUCCCCCCAUUCCCCAAUUUCGUUCCUAGGCUUCUCUCUCUUGUUUCGAGAAAUUAUUCGGCUGUAAUUAUGCAAAAUUUGGGGGGGGGGGGUGGGGGGCAAAUAAGGUGCAUUAUGGGAGAUGUGUAAGUGGUGUAUAGAGAGGAGAAGUGUGACGUCACAUUCUCAUGGUAGCACAUUUUCUGGGUCUCUACAAUCUUUGUUGACAGAGACGGUUAAAGUUCGUUUAAACGAUUGAAGAAAAGCAUGGGCUACCGUUUUGUUCCUGAGAGCAGUCAUAUAUGUCAGUUUUUUAGUUUUUUCUUCUGCCGUAUGUGCAUUAUCUCAGUUUGUUGAGAUGGAGAAAUUUUGCUACCAUGGCAAAGUGACGAAACAACUUCUCCUCCCUGUUUCGGCGCUUGCUUCACACGUGAACAAGGAAAUUGUAGACAUCUGUUGGCUGGUCAGCGUCUACAAAUUACCCUGUGAUAAGUACUGUUUUCCAUUUAAAGUGAACCAUUUUAUCAACUUAAAGUAUUGGAGUGUAUUAUAUAUAUUAGACUGUAUAGACUUUCACUAGUAGACUAUAUAUUUAGGACUGUAGUUGUAUUGAAUUUACGCCCAUUCUAAAAAAAUUGUUUGACACCUUUUUUCUUGUUGUCAACAGGACAGACUCCCCUUUAGCCAAGCUGUACACGACCUCUACUUUAGAGCAUCAUCACUUUAAUCAUGCUGUAAUUAUCCUCAGCACAGAGGUGAGCGACUUGACAUGCAGUUAGUGAAGCACAUAAAUCUGAGGAAUCACACUUAAGAAAACGCAAUCAACCAGUCAGACCUCACAACAAAAUAAGGGAGUUCAUUUUAAACGUAAUGUCACACUAACCAUGAAAUUUUUUUCAAAAGGGCCACAACAUUUUCCAGAAACUAAAUGCUGAUGAGUACAGACAAGUUAUUAGUUACAUAAAGCAUUCUAUCCUAUCAACGGAUUUAGCUGUGAAUUUUAGGUAAGUUCUUUACUUACGUGGUCGUUACUCGUCUAUUUCGUUUUUGUGUCGUUUAAAGAGCGAAGACAGUUUCAGUUAAGGUUUUUUAUUUUUUAAACUGAAGACUAGGUGUCGUUUAAUUGACCUUGAAUUGAAACGUUCGGGUUUUUUUAAAUUUUAGGCAACGUUCAAUGUUCUUUCCACUUGUUGAAAAGGGCGGCUUGGAUACCUCAAUCCCGGAUCAUAGAGACAUGCUCAAGUAAGUUUCAAGUCGCCCGUAGCAUCAUUUCUCACAUGUUCACCGGGCUUUAGGCGAAUGUGAGGCUGUUCCAACUUGGUGCAAGAGAACUGGUGCUUGGGUCACCAGCAUCAGUAAAAUGGUGGGGUGUUCACACUAGGUACCCAAUGUAACUGUCUGUUUACGUUUCUACGGAGUUCUAGCAGCCACGUUUUUGAGUGACGCACGUCAACCGGAAAAGGACUUUUUGCACUCUUGAGCCGCGAUUUUGAAAAAAAAUUUGGGCAAGUCGUCUCUAUAAGAGUACAGACACUUAGCCAUACAAAUUUGGUCGCGUCAAGGCGUAUUAAAAGAGAAAAAAAGCUCACUUCCGGUUGACGUGGGUCGUUCAAAAACGUUGCUGCUUAAACUGCCCUGUCAGACGCCAUUUUGGAACUCUUUUGAGCUUAACCGGAAGUAAAAAGCAGCCGAUUUCCCCGGAAUUAACAGGCAUUGUGUGCAUAUCGGGACCCGGUGUUAGCUUAAGGGUCUCGACUUUGUACUCGGACAUUUGUUCACAUUAGUGCCAAGUCCGUACCGUACUCGGGCACCGUGGCCGGGCGCCAACUUUGAACGCUGCCUAUGCCACCAAGUUUAGUUCACGUCUUGGUCGUGCGGGGACUGCAAGGAAAUGUGCCAAAAGACGUGUUUAUUUAAAACUAUUGUUUUGUUUUUUGUUUUUUGAUGUUCUCGUUGCCGUCGCCGUCGUCAUUAGUGAACUUACGCUAAAGGAAGGUCGAGGAAAGAAGACGCGGCAAACCUUGUGUGACAAGCGUGACAGUAAUUUUUUUUGCUACAGCUUUUCCCCAAACUUCACUCUCCUUUAAACAGAUCUUUUUGUAAAAGACCAGAAAACCUUAAUGUUAGUGAAGAUCACGACAAAACACGCAAGUAAUAGCCCUGUCACUUUUAUUACACACAAACGUUUUGUCGUCCUCUUCUUCCUGCCGUCCAGGUGCGUAAACUCACUAUUGCUGUCUAGUUCCAUUUGUUAUUAAUGCCAAUUAUGCGUCCUUAUUCUCUAUCAAACUUGAGAAAUUACUUGUGAAUGACAGAUCACAGCUUCGCAUCAAACAAAGCAUUAUAUUAAACGUUACAAACAACAAAAAUGUGAAGUUUGAAAAACUAUCAGGCAGUGCAAUCCGUUUCGAUCCUCUUCACGUUUUUCCAUCCGUGCCUCAUUCUGCAUUUGCUGUGCUAUUUAUACCAUCUUUUCAUGUUUUGAGCAGUUAUUUUUAUGUUUCUGUCAAUUUGGUGGCAGUUGGCACUUUCUGAAUUUUGAUAAAUUUCGUGACGCAGUUCCUUUAAGCUGCCUAAUGACACAUUCUGUACUGUUACCUAGAGCUAUGAUGAUGACUGCUUGUGAUCUCAAUGGAACUACAAAGCCCUGGGAGAUUCAGAAAGAGGUUUGUCAAGCUUCUUCACUUCCUGGAUCUGUCAAAUAGUAUACUGUUUUCACUGAGAUUUCCGCUACAAAAUGGUCUUUUUUCCCCUUCAAACGAUCACUGUUCCAUCCGAUUCCUGACCACCGCUUCCCCCCCCCCUCAGGAAAGCAAACUAUGAAGUUUUGCAGAAACUUGUGAGUAAGAUGAAUGUUAGUUUUUUGAAAUAAAUCCAGAUAGGAAAGCAGGCGUUUUUGUUUGGUUGGUUUUUUGUUUUUCUGAUAAGGCAAGUCAUGUUACAGAUAAAACGAAUUUGGAAGGUCUAGAUUUUUUCUGCUUACUACGACAAAGUAUGUUUGGGACAUUUUCACUGUUCUUCUCAUUUUCUGAAUGUUCAAGAAUAAUGUGGCACACCACAGGCACACCAUCCUCUAGGUUCAUAAUGGGCACAGACAGAAGGUGGUCUGCCUGUGGGCACAUCAACGCAAUCCUAUCUUGAUAACCUCAUGGUUCAUUGCUUGAUGGUCUCUCAUUAUCGCUAAUUUUCAGGUUGUUCAUUUAGUGACGAGUGAGUUCUUCCAGCAAGGAGAUCUUGAGCGAACCACCCUCAAGAUGGAGCCAUCUGUAAGUACAGUAGGGGAGGAAGAUCGGGGAGACUUUGGGGAUGGGCAUAGGGCUGAGACAACGAACUGGGCAAAGGGGUGCCGAAAAAUACGCGUGUGCCCGUUUAUUUGCCCUGUCACCUUACUCAACUCCCAACUUAACUUAGCGCUUGUGGUAAAAACACUCGCGAUUUUUCCAUGCAGUUAUACGUUUGACUCAAAAUGUUACUUCAAAAUUUAUUACAAUUUUUUUUGUAGGCUCUCAUGGAUAGACAAAAGAUUGAUGAACUACCUGCGCUUCAAGUACAAUUCUUUGAAACAACAGGGAUUCCUGUCUUUAAGGUAGAUUAACAAUUCCAAAUUUCAUGUUCUAAAAUAGAGUUUUUUAACUCACGUACCCAGUAGUUUGCUACACAGCCGUCACAAUUACGGCUAUGUAGCAGAAUACGUGGCCUACAACUAUGCAAAUUUAUUGGAGCAAAAGAAAGUUUUUGCAUAAGAAAAGGGUUCAAAACCCAUAGAAAUGGUCUGAAACACCAUCUUGGCCGCCGUUUCUUUGUUAAGGGUCACCAAUAUGACGGACGUGACAUCAUGUGAAAACGCCCAAAAUAGCCCUCGGGUCCCGUUUUUUGCCCGUCCCGUAGGUAACGUUUUGGCACGGGAAAGUGCUUUUUUAUAAGCGCCAAGUGUUCACACAUCUUAUCAAUUUUUUUAAUAAUAAUAAUAAUAAUAAUAAUUUAUUCAUUUAUAGUGCGCUUUUUUAACAGGCUAGGUGAUCAAAAGCGCAUUACAACAAUAAAUAACCUAAAAACUAUUAAUACAAAUAUUAGAAAUAUAUUUAAUAUCUAAGAGAUAUUAAAAGCUAAUUUAAAAAGAUAAGUUUUAAGAUUAGAUUUAAAAGUAGAAAUACAUGUCAUGCUGCGGAGGCUAACAGGAAGAGCGUUCCAUAAAGUGGGCGCAGCCACACUGAAGGAUCUGUCACCAAAUGACUUUUUCAUUUUUCCUGACGGAUGCUUUAAUAAAACACCUUUUUAGUUUUGAAGGCAAUGCGUAAAGUGCAGUUGCUUUAUCAACUCAAAACUACUCAACCAUUCUAUCGAUUCCGACUUAUUAUUAGUAGAGACCUUUAGAUUCUAAGACGAGGGCGACGGCUACAAGUACUACAUUUUCUCAAUACUAAGUAGUGCUACGAGUUUUAAUUUCGUGGUGACGGGAAAAAGUGAUAACAUGUUAAAGGUUUUAUCAUUUUGGGAUCGAGACAGGGUUAAACUUCUUUCAAUAAAGAUAACUUUUCUAAUUUUUUUUUCUUGAAAAAAGUACAAUGAAGCAUACCAGGGGGUCUAGUCUUUGAGAAGACGCGAAAAAAACGUUAAGUCACAUCUCGUACUCGUAGCCUUUCUCGUUCUCGAACCUAAAGGUCAGUAUUACUUACCGUCCGAACGCCUGAUAUUUGGUUCUUUUGUCAGGCUUUGACUCAAUUCAACUCCAAGAUAAAGCCUCUUUACGUUGGAGCAGAACGCAACAAAAACCGCUGGUGUGAACUAGAAAAGGAACGGCAGGCCCGGCAACGUGAAGAAGAUAACGUCAAACAACAGAUUGUCACGUGACAUUACGAGUACCAGUGUCAUGUUCCGUCACUCUCGUGAGCGCGAACAGUGGAUACCUACAAUCGGACCUUUCCGGACAGCGGUCGGAACCAUUCGUGAGAUGCCUGUAGAAAGUUCAUCUUAGUUCUCAAGAGCUUUGCUGCUUCAGUUGCUGCAGGGAAUCAACCACUUAGAACUGGAAAGCUUCAUCUAGUCGCACAUGUUUCGUUUUGAACAUGUUAGUGAUCGCCAAAUGCUCUGUGGUAAGAGAAAAAAGACCUUGAAAGGUUCGUUGCCAUUUAGCACGUGAUCACUUGGAAAUUAUGUGGGACGCGUACCAUUUUGGCAGGUCUAACGGCUCAGAUUGAAAGCUCGCGGCAUACUGUUACCGUCUUGCUUUGCUGGGUUUAAAAAUGCAUAAGUAGGUUGUUCUCACUUGGUGCUCGAGUACUAGUGCAUGGGUAAACGCACAAAAUGGUGUUGUGUUUACUCGUUAGGUACUCAUGUAACUAUGUACAUAUUUGCUCCAUUUCAUCAUGUCAGACGCCAGUGAAGCGUGAGCGUAUGAGGGAUUUAUGGGCCGGGUAUGCAAAGCAGUUGAUUGCUUCAGACUAACAAAAACGUGUCUACUUUAGUGCCCGAAUUCUGGAGUAGGUGCUUAAGAAAGGGUGUGUUCACAUUAGUGCCUAGCUAAUACUUACUCGGGUGCUGUCUCCGGGCACCAAGUGUAAACGCUGCUUUUUACAAUCAGCUCCCUGCUACAUCAGGAGGGAGGUUUUAAUAUAGUUAUUUCCGGAGGUGUUUCCCUAGCGACAGAACCUGAAAAAGUUCAGUUAACGUUUCUCGAGUUGCAUCCUGUGUUUUUUUAAACCAUUAUCCGUGGGUAAGACAAUCGCACAAAGUACGUCUUAACUAAACUAAAACUAUUUUGGUAUUGUGGCGAUUAAUGCUUCUUUGUCGUGAGUUGAGGUUUUGGUCAUGAGGUGACUAACAGUAGCUGGUGACCUCUGUCAGAUCUAAUUUCAACACUAAGAUGGUACUGUUUUCCGUUUGCAUUUUUUUUAAUGAUCGCAGCUCCUUUUGGCCCGUUUCACCUAACAAGUGGUAUGCGUUCGAGUUAGGGGAAUAACAAUUUAUAUUUAUCGUUCAAGGGGAAAUAAAUAGUCGCUGAAUUCUAUUUUUUCUACGAAAAUUAACUAUGUAUGGACCAAUUGAUUGUUUUUGGUGGACAAUAGUAACAUUGAAUUGCCUCGUACGAGCUUAACCGAGGACUCCAUGAAAUGUCUUUCUUACACGUGUUGCUAAAUACUUAAUAUAUAUCAUAUAAAUAUACAUGAUUGCUUGUUAUCAUAGUAAUAAUAAUAAAGAGGCACUUUCUUCUUUUAUCGAGGAUAUAAAACCAGCAAACUUCUUUACGAAGUACUGGAUAUUGGAGUCCCUGGAGGAAUUUCUUUUCCUUGGAUAUAGUACAACAUAGAUUGCGCGCGCAACGUGUUUGACUCGACACGACGUGCCGCUUUUUCCUGAGCAGUUACCAAGCGGUAGUGGGCUUUUGCGCGUCUGCUAUGUUUAUCCAUGCAUUUGCCGAACUCUCAUUGCCCGUUCAGAAAAACACUAUAAAUGGAGGAGUUUGUAAUCAGUGAGAUGAUUUUUUGCCGUAGGAAUUCCUAGUUGGGUCAGGGUAUAGAUUUGACCUGAACAUUUCACUUCUAACCGCACUUGGUCUUGGCGCCAGACUGUCUGGAUCUGCAGCAACCUCGCAAAUUUAUUUGAAGAUUAAAAUUAUUAAUUAGGUCAGGGUGCUAAAUACUGAAUUUAUAGGUACAAUGCCGUAUUUAUUUGAUUAACUGCCCUGGGCGUUUAUUAAAUUUUUGGAACUUUAGAGUGGGCGCUUAUUCGAGACUGGGCGCUUAUUAAGUUUUCGCCAUU